AUAUCAACAACAUCUCGCAACUUGUGUUCACAUGAAACUUCUCACUACUCUCUUUCAUUUCCUCUUUUCGUUGACUUACUAAAGUACUCUUGUUUCAAUCUUCAUUCUAGAGAGAUUCUGUUUCAUGGAUGCUAUUUUGCCAGUACCCGUUGAUGGGUUCAGAUUCGACACCGGUUCUGGAUCUUGUUGCAAACCGAGGAACAAUCUUGAAUCUGGGACGACCAAUCGUUUCACUUGUUUCAACGAAUCUGAAUCUCAGAGCAACCCUUCUCCGACCGAGUCUAAGGUAUGUUCAGAUUACCUUCCUGUCUUUAAGUACAUCAAUGACAUGUUGAUGGAAGAAGAUCUUGAAGGUCAGUCUUGUAUGUUGGAAGACAGUUUGGCUUUACAAGCCGCAGAGAGAUCUUUCUUCGAAGUGCUUCAAGAUCAAACUCCAAUCUCGGGUGAUCUAGAGGAUGGUUCUCUUGGAAACUUCAGUUCUAUAACGAGUUUGCAUCAACCUGAAGUUUCAGAGGAGUCAACCAGAAGGUAUCGACAUAGGGAUGAUGAUGAAGAUGAUGAUCUUGAGAGUGGAAGGAAAUCGAAGCUCCCUGCGAUUUCUACGGUGGAUGAGUUAGCAGAGAAGUUUGAGGAAGUGUUGUUGGUAUGUCAAAAGAAUGAUCAGGGAGAAGCAACAGAGAAGAAAACAAGACACGUAAAAGGCUCAUCGAAUCGAUACAAGCAGCAAAAGUCAGAUCAGCCAGUAGAUAUGAGGAAUCUUUUGAUGCAAUGCGCGCAAGCUGUGGCGAGUUUUGACCAGAGAAGAGCUUUUGAGAAACUGAAGGAGAUAAGAGAACACUCUUCUCGCCACGGUGAUGCGACUCAAAGACUUGGUUAUCACUUUGCUGAGGCGCUUGAAGCUCGUAUUACAGGAACCAUGACUACACCAAUAUCUGCUACUUCUAGCAGAACAUCAAUGGUGGACAUUUUGAAGGCGUACAAGGGAUUUGUUCAGGCUUGCCCCACCUUAAUAAUGUGUUAUUUCACUGCAAACAGAACAAUCAAUGAGCUUGCUUCCAAAGCAACCACACUUCACAUCAUUGAUUUUGGGAUUCUCUAUGGAUUUCAAUGGCCUUGUCUGAUACAAGCUUUGUCAAAACGUGACAUCGGACCACCACUGCUCCGUGUGACUGGUAUCGAGCUUCCUCAGUCAGGUUUCCGUCCAUCAGAGCGGGUAGAAGAGACCGGGCGAAGACUAAAGAGGUUCUGUGACAAGUUCAAUGUCCCGUUUGAGUACAGUUUCAUAGCCAAGAAUUGGGAGAACAUAACUCUUGAUGAUCUGGUGAUCAAUAGUGGCGAGACAACAGUUGUCAACUGCAUCCUCCGGCUACAAUAUACACCUGAUGAAACCGUGUCCCUCAACUCACCGAGAGACACGGCUCUGAAACUAUUCAGAGACAUCAACCCUGACCUCUUUGUGUUUGCAGAGAUUAACGGGACUUACAAUUCACCCUUCUUCCUAACAAGGUUCAGAGAAGCUCUCUUCCAUUGCUCGUCACUCUUUGACAUGUAUGAGACCACAUUAUCAGAAGACGACAAUUGCAGGACACUGGUGGAGAGGGAACUAAUCAUAAGAGAUGCAAUGAGUGUGAUAGCCUGUGAAGGGUCUGAGCGGUUUGCAAGGCCAGAGACCUACAAGCAAUGGCAGGUUAGGAUUCUAAGAGCAGGAUUUAGACCAGCGAAACUAAGCAAACAGAUAGUAAAGGACGGGAAAGAGAUAGUGAAAGAACGUUACCACAAAGAUUUUGUGAUCGACAAUGAUAACCACUGGAUGUUUCAGGGCUGGAAAGGAAGAGUCCUUUAUGCUGUUUCUUGCUGGAAACCUGCUAAGAAGUAAUAAAACAGUUCUGUAAUCAUUUGCAUAAUUUUGCUAGCUUUCCAUUUCUUUGUUUUUGGUUUCAAAGUGUUGUAGAAACUGUUUGCUCUCAUAUAUAUUGAAUGAGUCUCUCUCUUUCUCUCUACUUUCUUGCAAGUACAUAUGGCAAACCAAGAAUUCAAAACUU